AAUGCAACAAUUUCGUCUGAAUUCAGAAUUGUUUACACACUUGUUGUUCAAUAUUCAUUGAUUUAUUUUUAUUUAUUAUUUGUUAAAUAAUAUAUUUCUAAUUUAUGAAAUAAUUUGCGAUCAUGGCAACUAACGCCAGAGUAGCCGUAUCGCAAAUAUUGCGCAAUAAAGACGAGGCUGGUGAUGAGGAAGAUGAACCAAAGAAAAAGUCACGAGAAGACUGGAGGAAAGCCAAGGAGUUGGAGGAAGCGCGGAAAGCUGGUACUGCUCCUGCUGCUGUCGACGAAACAGGCAAGGACAUCAACCCUCAUAUACCACAAUAUAUAUCCUCGGCACCAUGGUACUAUGGUACCUCUGGACCUACAUUGAAACACCAGCGGCCCCAGGAGGACAGAGAAGCUGGAUUCACAAAACUAGACACAUAUUAUUACAAAGGAGUGGAUAAUACAAAGGUAGUGACAAAAUUCAGGAAAGGUGCAUGUGAGAACUGUGGUGCCAUGACUCAUAAAAAGAAGGAUUGUUUAGAAAGACCUAGAAAGAUUGGUGCAAAAUUUUCAAAUGCUGGUAUUGCAGCUGAUGAAUUUCAACAACCCAGUCUGAAUCUGAGUUAUGACGGAAAACGUGACAGAUGGAAUGGAUAUGACCCGUCACAGCACAAGGCAAUUAUAGAAGAGUACCAGAAAGUUGAAGAUGCUAAGAGGGAGUUACGGGCGCAGAAGUUGGAACAAGAUCCCACUGCAAUGGAAGAUGACGAUAACGCUGAGGAAGAUGAAGACAAAUAUGUGGAUGAAGUGGACAUGCCUGGAACCAAGGUGGAUUCUAAACAGCGUAUCACAGUGCGUAACUUGCGUAUCAGAGAGGACACCGCCAAGUAUUUGCGAAAUUUGGACCCCAACUCGGCGUACUAUGACCCCAAGACACGCUCUAUGAGGGACAACCCCGACCCGGCGGCUGCAGAAUCCGAGUACGCGGGUGAGAACUUCGUGCGGUUCACUGGCGACACGUGCUCGCACGCGGCGGCGCAGCUGUUCGCGUGGGACGCGCACGCGCGCGGCCUGGACGUGCACCUGCUGGCCGAGCCCACCAAGCUGCAGGUGCUGCAGCGGGAGUACCGCGAGAAGAAGGACCAGUUCAAGACGCAGGUGAAGCAAUCAGUGCUGGAGAAGUACGGGGGGGCGGAGCACCUGGCGGCGCCUCCGCGGGAGCUGCUGCUGGCGCAGACCGAGGUGUUCACCGUCUACAACCGGGACGGAACGCUCGCCCACGGCGCUGAGAAACAACUCGCCAAGAGCAAAUACGAAGAAGAUGUGCUGAUUAAUAAUCACACUGCAGUCUGGGGUUCAUACUGGAAGGAUGGACAGUGGGGUUACAAAUGUUGCCAUUCAUAUAUAAAGAUGUCAUACUGCGUGGGAGAGGCUGGCAAAACUGUAGUAUUAGAUGUACAAGAACCAAAUACGACUGCUACCAAAGUUACUGCGGAGAAGAAAGAAAAAGCAAAAUCAGACAAGUCUGACUCAUCAUCAUCAGAAUCUAGUUCCGACAGCAGCUCGUCAGACUCCGAACCAGAAAUCAGAUCCAAGACUGAGAAGACAAGCAAGAAGAAGAAAAAUAAGAAGAAGGCGAAGAAAAAGAAGAAGAAGGAUCUCAAGAAGGAAAAACGAGUGGAGGAUAAGUUAAAGAAGGCUUUGGAGAAGGAAGAACGCCAACAGAAGCGGGCUGACUAUCUCCUAUCUGUAGACGAGAGGAAACGUCCUUACAACAGCAUGGUGGAGGUCAAAGCACCCACUGAAGAUGAAAUGGAAGCCUACAUGAUGAAGCGGCGAAGAGAGGAAGAUCCCAUGAGCCAAUUUCUCUCAUAAAAAUGUUGCUGCAAUUAUUUAAGUUAUAAUUAUGUAUAUAAGAUAUAAUAAAAGGUUUAUUU